GCAGGUAGAGUAAAGUACAUUCAUAAUGUCUGUUUACACCCUUCACCAUUUGCUUCUUAACUGUCCUAAAUAGCAUUGUGCCGAAGUUCAGUGCACAUAAACAGGGACAAUAGAGGACCAAGGGCAUUGUGCAAUUUGUCAAGGGGGUAAAACCCACUAGUUUCGCAUUACAGAUAACAAGCUAAGGGCAGGAAAGCUUCAAACCAGAGGAGGAACCAGACGCAGACGCAGACACAGGUGAUUUUUCUAUUUGGCGAGCAAUGGAGACGGGUCAGAAGGCUGUGGUUAAGACCGCUCAAAUCUACAAAAUGACGGCCGCUGACCCGCACACACAUCGGAGGGUCGUGUCCAAAGACGGUCAUAACAAGGUGAGGAUCGACAACGUGGAGGGCAUGGUCAAACUUUACCUCCACGACAUCUGGACCACCGUGGUGGACAUGAAGUGGCGCUACAAACUGACACUUUUCUCUUCCACCUUCGUCAUGACAUGGUUCAUCUUCGGCGUCGUCUUCUUCUUCAUCGGCAUGGGGAACGGUGACCUCGAAGCCGAGCGGUCGCUCAACCACACGCCCUGCGUGAUGAACGUGGAGACGCUGACCGGAGCUUUCCUCUUCUCCCUGGAAUCCCAGACCACCAUCGGCUACGGCUUCCGCUACAUCUCUGAGGAGUGCCCCAUUGCCAUCUUCACGCUGGUCGCCCAGCUGGUCAUCACUGGCCUGGCCGAGAUCUUCGUCACUGGGGCCUUCCUGGCCAAGCUAGCCCGCCCCAAGAAAAGGGCGGAGACCAUCAAGUUUAGCCACUCUGCGGUGAUCUGCAGGAAGGACGGAAAGCUUUGCCUUAUAGUUCGGGUUGCCAACAUGAGGAAGAGCCUGCUGAUCCAGUGCCAGCUGACGGGCAAGCUGCUCUUCCCCCACGAGACCAUGGAGGGUGAGAAGACCCUCAUCACCCAGACGGGGGUGGACUUUCGGUUGGACUCCCGCAGCGACUGCCCCUUCCUCAUCCUGCCGCUGGCCUUCUACCACGUCAUCGACGAGGCCAGCCCGCUGUGGGGACUCACGGCUGAGAACUUGCGCACCAGGGACUUUGAGCUGGUGGUGACCCUCAACGCCACCAUGGAGUCUACGGCCGCCACCUGCCAGAGCCGCACGUCAUACGUCCCCCAGGAGAUCAUGUGGGGCUACGAGUUCAAGCCUGUGCUCUUCACCACCCCUGGCGGGAGGUACAUGGCCGACUUCAACUACUUCGACAAAGUGAGGCCCAGUCCUGACCUCGCCCUGUUCACCCACAACCCUGAGAAACUUAGACUCGAGGAGGAGUACCGAAAGGAACAAAGUGACUAAAAACAGAGAUGGUCACAUUGUGCAUGACUGUGGCACCAUUUGUUUCAGAAGAUCAUAGAAAUAAUGCAAUAAUAAAAUAAUAAUAAUAGCAAUGACAGUGUAAGGGGAGUGACAUGUAAGUGCAUGCCAACAAAUAGAAAAUAUGCCAAACAUAAUGCAUUACAUAAAUUUGGAGGAUGGUGUUUUCAUAUAGGUAAAUACUGAAGGAAAUGACAGUUGAGUAGAGUAUUGUAAGGAAUUGGUGUACUGUGUAUUUCCAAAUGUUUAUUCUUGGGAAAACAAUUAAAAUGUAUUUGGAACUCAUUUUUGCUUUAAGAAAUGAGCCUGUUUGAUUCUUACACCUGUGUUUAAGAGCUCAGCAUAUGAUAAUGUGAUAAUGGCAAAAAUAAAUAUUAGCAGUAUUUUUCUUAAAUGUAUAUUGAGCUUUUUGAAGUAUGUUUCAGAUGCAAAAUAACCAGGAAACUAUAUAAUAAAAUGGAUAGAUAUU